AUGGGCAACAGCCACAGCACCGCGCACUCUCUCCAUGCCCACGGCAGAGAGCGCGGCGGCAGAAACUCCGCCGCCAAUACCGCCUCCGCAGACGCUGGCAGCCCAGACGCAGGCCGCACGAGCGCGGCGGAAGAAGGACCGCCCGCCGCAGUGGAACCCGCGGGAUUGCCGGCAACAGGCAGCGAGCCAGCGGCAAGGCAGCGGGCGAGCGGCGCAGCGGAGGGGCAGCGACGGGGGCUGUCGUCGCUAACGGCGGGGCUUCUCUCCUCCGCGCGCGAGCACAGAGGCGCCUCGCGGGGGCGCGGAUGGCGCACGCAUGGCGGCACCUUGGCUCUAGGCGCAGCGCAGGCCAACGGCGCAGACGCGCAGAUGCGCGCACCCCCUGCCACCCGCCAGCCUUCCGCUGGCACUGCGGGCAGGGGAAGCGCGGGGAGACGCGGGGCAGCAGGGGCGGGCGCGGGCGCUGGCGGCACUGGGCGGUCCACCACGGCGGCCGCUGCAGCGGCGGCGGCAGCAGCUGCCCUAUGUUUCCAUUCUUGUCAACCGCUUCCUUCCUUUGUGUGUUCUCCCUUGCCCUCACCGAACUCACCCCCCUGGGCGCGCGCACUGCAGCGCACGCAGACGGUGCGCAGCCUGGUGAACCUGCGCAAGCACUCCGUGCACCUGCUGCCCAUGCCACGCCGCCUGCAGUCGGUGCCAGGGGACCAGGGGGAGCGAGGGGGGGAUGGCGAUGCAGCAGGGGGGGAGGAGACAGUGAGCCAGGAGGCUGAAACAGAAGCAGGUGUGGAGGAGGGGGGAGGAGAGAGUGAGAGGACCCAACAGCAUGACGGACAGCAGCAGCAGGAGAAGCGGGGAGGAAAUGAGGGUGAAGCCUCAGGGGAGUGUGCUAAGGGGGUAGAGGAGGGUGUGGGUGGGAACGUGGUGAAGAUCCCACCCCUCUCAUACCCGGCUGAUGCCUGCUUGCCCGCGUCUGCGGCCCACCUGCCACCACCGUCAGCAUCGGCAGGAUCAUCAGGAGCAGCUGCAGCAUGGGCAGCUGGGGCAGCGCAGGAAGCAGGUGAAGGGGAUGCAGCAGCAGCAGGCGGGCAGGGAGUGGUACACCCGUACGUGUACGGGCUGUCCUUCAUCGCUGACUGCUCUCAAGCAGCGGCCGGUGUGGCGAGCGUCAAACCACUCUCUGUUUCCAUGGCCGUGAAUGACCGUCUCAUCCGCACCUGCCUGCCUCACCCCUCUCCAUCUUCCCCCCACAUGCUGCUCGGCACGCUUCCCUUGCUCCCAUGCAGUGUGACGGUGCAUGUCAUGGCGUAUGAGAAGGACAGACACAGAAAAGACAAGCCACCCAGGCUCAAGUCGAAGGUGACACAGCGCGAGGCGAGUGCAGCGGGCGUGGUGGCGGGGCUGGAGCAGACCUUCUCACUGCCGCCCUCCCGCCUGCUCGCCUUCGAUGGCUUCCAGGACGCACAGCUGACGUCAACCAAGACAUCACCAUCGCACACAUACCCCGUUGUCAUCCGCAUCCAGACAGCACUGCCUGCAGAUCGAUCGCAUGACCUAGCAGCACGCGCGCAGCAGCAGACGCACACCACCUAUGCCACGCUUGUCAAGCAGGCGGACAGCACGUACGGCGUGCAGGUGUUGAAGCAGGUGCUGUGGGUAGGCGGGUGCUCGUACGUGCUGCAUGAGAUCUUUGGCAUCGAUGGCCCUGCCUCCUCACCCGCCCCACUGCAUGGCGCACCUGGGGAGGCCGCCGAUCCCAAUGGAGGGGGAGCUAAUGUGGUGCGUGGGGCGGAUGGGGUGUGUGGGGCGGAUGGGGUGUGUGGGGGCGGAUGGUGUGUGUGGGGGCGGAUGGUGUGUGUGGGGGCGGAUGGUGUGUGUGGGGGCGGAUGGUGUGUGUGGGGGCGGAUGGUGUGUGUGGGGGCGGAUGGUGGGGCUCCUGAGUGGGAGGGAGAGCCAGGUGCGACAGUCAGCUCUCUCAACAAUGAGUUAGAAGCAGGAGUCGGGCAGGGGGAGGAGGAGCGGAAGGGGAAGAGGGCGGAGCAAGCUCAGGGAAUGGAAGGGAGGAAAGUGCAUGGGGAGAGGGAGGUGCAAGUUGGUGGGGAAGACGAGGGGCAAGGGAUGGGGGAGAGAGAGGGAGCGAGGAAGGCAGGGAGCAGUUGUACAGGUGGCACAGAGGGGAGCAUUAUGUGUGGUGGGGGUAGUGGUGUGGCUGAAGGUGAAGUGGAAAGAAUGAGGGCAGAUGGACAGGAGGGGAAGGCGAGCAGAGAAGAGGGCGGAGAAGCAGAUGCGGACUACAGGGUAGACGGUGCAGAGCAGAGGGUUUCCAUGAGCGGCAGUGGAAAAGGUGUGGAGGGAGGAGUAGACAGAAGAGAGAUGAUGUGCGAAGAGGCGAGCCAAGGAGUGGGAGGAGAGGAGGCGCACGGAAAGGAGGAAGUGAUGGUGCAAGUGGAAAGUGGGCCUGGCAGUGGGGAGUCGCAUGCAGGGCAGCAACAAGGGGUAGGAGUGGGCCACGAGGCCCGGGUUGAGGUCGGGUGCUAG